AUGGCCCGCACCAAGCAAACUGCCCGCAAAUCCACUGGUGGCAAAGCCCCUCGCAAACAACUCGCGGCCAAGUCCUCUGCGCGCAAGACAGCUGCCGCUGCUGGUGGUGUCAAGAAGCCCCAUCGCUUCAGGCCCGGAACUGUCGCUCUCCGUGAAAUCCGCCGUUACCAAAAGUCCACCGAGCUGCUCAUCCGCAAGCUCCCCUUCCAGCGUCUCGUCCGUGAAAUCGCUCAGGAUUUCAAGACUGAUCUCCGCUUCCAAUCGUCCGCUGUCAUGGCCCUCCAGGAAGCUGCUGAGGCGUACCUCGUCUCCCUCUUCGAAGACACAAACUUGGCGGCUAUCCACGCCAAGCGUGUAACCAUCCAACCCAAAGAUCUCGCUUUGGCCCGCAGACUGAGAGGAGAGCGGUCAUAG